AUGGCAAAGGGAGACACCCUCAAGUAUCUGGUGCUACACUCGGCCAAGGUACACGAGCUUCUCGUCGAGCGCGACGGACUGCAAGAACGUCCGGCGGCUCUCAAAGUCAGUAGCGACAACGACUACCUAACUACGAGGAAGCUCACACAGCUCGCAGGGACGCUACACUUGGCAAAGCGUUGCAUCCUCGAUUGUCACGCAAGUCGAGAGGACGAACUUGCUGCGGAUGAGCUUCUGCGCCGGACGCAAGCUACCUCCGUCGAAGUCAGGCUAGAGUCAUGCAUCGCUGAAGUGCGACACCGGCAUCUACAGCUCCACUGUGCAGUACACUCUCUGCAGCACCUGCCAGCUUCAAUCACUCACGCCAAUUCGCCAGACCAUGAGCUCUGGGAGCAAGAAGAGAAGUGGCGCCGACAAGGGCAAGCACUGGAGCAGGGGCGGCAGGACAUCAUCGCGUCGCCUGCGGAGGAGAGGAAGGAGCAAAUCGCCGAGCUGAUGCAGAUCAGCAACGAUACCCUCGACAAGCUCCCACUUCCGGCUGAUUUUGAGCGCGGAGUCAGCGAACCAGCAACAGUCGAAGCCUGGUGCGACUGGUUCAGAGGUCUCCUCCCCGGCCAGCAUGCUCGGCAAGUGGCUGCAGGAUCUCGGGUAUCGAAAGGGGCCGACUACGCUGCGGCGCGACCUCAGCGGGUCAUUGCACCUCGAGAAGCCGCCCGUAUUGUCGCAGAAGGUCGCUUUCGUCGCAGCCUGACGCCUUUUGGUGCUCGCGUCUUUGUGGCUAGCACCGCCCAGACCUCUGGCUGUCGACGGGGAGUCAGCUGGUUCUUGUGCUCAAAGUGCCAGGCGACCGCGCUGCUGAAGGUACGGACAGCGUCAUUCCUGCACAUCUGCAAGAAUGACGAGGAGAUUAUCAAUCCGGACCACCAUUGCUUCGACAAGCGAUACGUGGAAUCUCCAUGGCAGGUCGACUGGCUCGUGCGGGGUGGAUGGGUGGAGGAUGAUGAGUGGCCUGUGGGGGAGGAUGAGUUCUUGGAGGGCUGGGAGGAUGGUAGCCGCCUCCACACCUGGACGCCAUUUUCGCCGGGUGUGGUCCAGAUACUGCGGGCAGAAGGAAUUGGGCUUUAG